ACACAAAUAAACCUCAUUGAUUCAAACUGUCUUCUGAGUGCAGAAAGAUGGCAAGAGGUCUUCUAUCGACAGGAGGUCACUCUUAGAUAAUCAUCACUGAACAGUACCCGUGAAGGAAGGUCUUUUGGACAAAGCCGUGGACCAGGGGCCAGGAUGUGGCCUCCUGACCUCGGCCCGGCAGACGUCCAGCUCACUCUUCCUGAAUUUGGGAGCGUGUUUGAAGAUGCUGAGGACCUCCAGGCACCACUUUUGUCUGGUGGAUUUUGUCAACCAGUGUCAUACGUCCAUUCCACUGGUGUGGCCGUGUCCUGUCUGCCAGGGACAUCCUUGUCCUUAUCCUCUUUGGGACGCAACCUCACAUCCCUCCUUGGAUCCUCCUGUAGGACUGAUGGAUCUCAUAUGAUCACAAUGCACACAGAUCCUAAAAACACCUCCCAGAGGUUAAGCUGUUACCCACAACCCUCACUUCCUUUUUCUUACAUGCUAACCACCAGUGCUACAUCUCUACCUUCAUGCUCCAUCUCCUCUCCUUCUUCCUCUCCUUCUUCCUCUUCACCUGGAUUUUUAACAUCUUCCAUCCCUCUUUUUGAUGGAGUUGCAGCUCAGACACCAGUCAACGAGUCUUCUCAGCACAAAGAACAUCACACAGUCAAACAAGAGCCAGGCGAUGAAUUCUUGCCCUGUAGGAGGGAGCGCUUUCAAAUGAGCAACCAGCAGAGGGAGCUGUUUGAAUUGCACCAGGGAAAUAAGGAAGAAAACAACACUCUACAUUCCCCGGGGGUUAAUCAACCCAACCGACCGGACUCCACAGGGGACCAACAGGGACAACUGUGUCACUGGAUCGACUGCAGUGCCACGUACAGCAGCCAGGAGGAGCUGGUGAGACACAUUGAGAAGGUGCAUAUCGACCAGCGCAAAGGGGAGGAGUUUGCCUGCUUUUGGGCUGGAUGUAUUCGGCGCUAUAAGCCCUUCAAUGCUCGCUACAAGCUGCUCAUCCACAUGAGGGUGCAUUCGGGAGAAAAGCCAAAUAAAUGCAUGUUUGAAGGUUGUUCAAAGGCGUUCUCACGUCUGGAGAACCUGAAGAUCCACUUGAGGAGCCACACCGGAGAAAAGCCAUAUAUCUGCCAGCACCCCGGCUGCGUCAAAGCUUUCAGCAACUCCAGCGACCGCGCCAAACACCAGCGCACGCACCUGGACACGAAGCCGUACGCCUGUCAGAUCCCGGGAUGCACCAAGCGCUACACCGACCCCAGCUCGCUACGCAAACACGUCAAAGCUCACUCAGCCAAAGGCCUUCAGGAGAGGGAGGUGAAGGUCCGUGUUCACUCUCUACUGGAAGCUGAUGUGUUGAGCAAUUGCCUGGCAAAGCAACAUCUCCACAGUUCUGCUGCCUCCUGCCAAGGAAGCAGCUCGCCUUUACGAGGCUUGGAUGACUUCACAGGUGUUUGCUCAGACGGCGGUGUGGUCCAAAACCAGGAGAACUCUGAGUAUCUGGCUCCACCAGCAGAUUCUGGCUGCCGGUAUCCAGUUUUGGAGGGAACUUUUGAUGUCAACAGUCCAAUAUCUUCAUUAUCAAGCGGAGAAACCAUGAGAGAAGUGAACCAAGUGAUGUCGUCGUUGGUGUCGGCAGACGUCAGUCCGGUGGCUUCUUUGGCAGACGUCAGGCUGCAGGAUUACCACAAAGCCUACAGCCAGCAGCAGCAGCUGGUGUCGCAGCAACAAGGCUGCCUGUACGACGGAGGAAAAGACACUCAGCCGGGCGGUGAUGGCGGCUUUGAGCCCUGCAGUUAUUUCACAAACCCGUCUGCGUCUCAUUCUGCAGGGUUUGACUUGUUGCAGGAUCUGCAGGGUCAGGCCGGAGGCGGCUGCUCUCCGUGUCCGGAUGAAAGCUUCCUCUUCCAGGCGGGAGGUGUGGACCGCUGUCUCAGUCAGAUCUACUCCAUCUACCUGGACUCCUGAUGCCAAACCAGGAACAUAUGGCCUCCUGUGAUGCCGACUGGGCAACUUAAGGUGGCGCUGUUUCAUUGUCAUAGCUUUGGCCUUUCUUACCUCUGGCAAAGGAAACAAGUGAACGUACAGAUGCACGUGUAAGGACGUUUUCCUGGAGGUGGCGCUGACAGCCAGCCUGCAGACUGAACGGUGGCAGUAGCAGUGACUUUUAUUCCGAUGAUCCCACUUGGAUCUGGAUAAGACGAGCUACAGCGCUCUAUUUCUGUUUUUCAUCCCUGGUGGCAGUGGUGUUAUUUUUGCCUCUGCAGCAGCUCAAACUCCAGGAAACCUGGAUAUUUCUAUCUGCAAAAGGCUAUUUAAAGACAUUGUUAAAGUGCAUUUUAAUGUCAGAUCAGCGUGUGUGUGUGUGUGUGUGUGUGUGUGUGUGUGUGUGUGUGUGUGUGUGUGUGUGUGUGUGUGUGUGUGUGUGUGUGUGUGUGUGUGUGUGUGUGUGUGUGUGUGUGUGUGUGUGUGUGUUGUGCAUUUGUUUUCAUGACAAUACAGGACAUUUUUAUGAUAACACACCUUCAAUAUUAGGACACUGA